UAAUCGCAUUUCCCCCCUAUUACCAUCUAAAAUAGACACUUGGCAAAACAGUGUCGUUUUAAAGCUAGCCAAAAUCAGCCGUUGGGAUUUUGAGGUUUGAGUGUUUGACUAAUGGCUGCCAAGUGCAGUGUUUAUAUGACAUCACAGGGUCCUCUGUUCUUCCAAGAUAAAAACCGAACAAGCCAAAAAGAAGACCACAAGACAACACAACGAAAACCUGGCCAUUUCUCUCCCUCAUUCUCCUUGGACCAAGGAAAGAAUCCGACCAUGGCAAACGAAGCGGCAGAGCCUCGCACCGACGCCGACGGCCCCACCCCGGACUCUGGCGACGACUUCGAGUUCUGCAUCCUGUCGUCUGGUGGCAUCGUCCCGGCCGGCAAGGGCGCGGGGGCGGGGGCGGACAUGUGCGUGGCCGACGAGCUCUUCUGGCAGGGCAAGCUGCUCCCGCUCCGCCCCUCCUCGGCCGCCGACGGCGCCACGCUGCCGAGGUCGGAGUCGGCGGCUUCCACCGUGGGGCGGGUGUCGCGGUCCGGCAGCCGCAGCGCGAGCUCCAGCUGCAGCAGCAGCAGCAGCGGGUGCGUCAGCCGGAGCCAGUCGUCCAAGAGCGAGCAGGGCGCGCCGCGGCGGCGGUCGCUGUCGAGCAGCGUGUUCUACGCGCACCCGAGCCCGUCGCCGCAGCUGCGGUGGGCGCGGCCGCGCCGCAGCACCGGGUCCGCGCAGCCCGGCGCCGCGUGGGGCCUGUUCCGCCUCGGCGUCGCCGGCGCCCCGGACGUGUACCCCCCGCCGCCGCCGCGCCCCGGCGGGGGCGAUGCCAGGGGCGGCGGGGGCAGCAGCAGGAGCGCGCGGUUCGAGCAGGUGGCCACCGCCGUCGACAGGAAGGUCGGGUUAGGCCAGCUGGCGCUGUUCGGGGACAGCCUCGGCUGCAAGUGCUCGCCCGACGUGGUCGAGCCCGCGGCCGCGCGCACGGCGGAGGCGGCGAAGCGGAGCAGGAAGAAGGGCGGCGCCAAGAGCGGCCAGGGCGUGGCCCGUCGUAGUAGGAUCCUGGACUGGCUCUGGCUCCAAGAGCUCUCCAUCGUCAAGGACAAGAAGUAGGCCGAUUGCUCCGUCAAGAUCGUGCCUUUGUUCGAGUAGUUUGUGUGUAUGAUCAAGGAAAGAGUUCUCCUUUUUUUUUAAAAAAAACUUUUUUAGAAAAAAAAUCUGUCUGACUAGGAAGCAGUGCACCAAUUAAUGGUACGCAAAAGAAUUAACGAGCAACGAUCAAUUGCCCAUAACUUCAGUUUGCACAGUCUAUUGUAUACGCAGUAGUCUGACUUUGGUCACGAUUA